GAAAUGAAUGUGUUUGAAUCGCUGAACUGCAUUGUCUGCAAGCAACCGUUUGCUCGAGCUGUUGAUCAACCUCGAUCUCCACUUCAUUUGGGUUGUGGAUUGACCAUGUGUGAUGAGUGUUUCGUGAAAGAGGUUAAUUCGGACAAAAAAGAAAGAAAACAUCAAUGUGGAAAUCGUGACUGUUUCGAAGACUUUGCCUACUUUUUGAUUGAUGUUUUGUCACAAGAAAGCGCUUUGGUGUUUACUCCAAUGGGAUAUUUGCUUCUAAAGCCUUUCAAAAUUCCGGAAUGUCCAAUUUGUCAUGGUGAAUAUUCAAAUGAAAUUGAGGCAAAGAAAUCGUUUGCUCUUCAAUGUACACUGCUGUCAACAAACAGAAAAAGCGUUUUCAUGACUUUU